CCGACUUCCCCGAGGUGAACACACGGUUGUCCGGCACAGUUCACCCGGGCGAACCGUCCUUAAGUGUGUACGAAGGUGCUGCUUUGCUCCACACGCAUCAUUGGUAGUGAGGGUAGCUAGCUAACUGUGCUAACAAACAUGUCGGGUGUUAAAAUGCCACUGCUCAUAAAUACCGUUACAGCCACCACACACUGUCAUGAUUCAGGAUCAUUGUAAGGACCAUGAUUUACCACAUGUUUCUGCGCUCCAACCCAGUGCUACGGAAAACCCGUCUGGCUGUGUGGAGAUCGUGGAGGUCAUGGAAAUUAAGCCUGCACUCUUCUACAGUUGUUGCAUCAUCUGGUCCUGGCCACAGUGACAGAUCUGAAGAACUGUCUUCUCCUUCCUCUGAAAAGCCCCCUCACACGCCUGUUAUGCUCAAAGAGGUGCUUCACAACUUAGACAUCCAACCUGGUCAGGUGGUCCUGGACAUGACAUUUGGAGGUGGUGGUCAUGCCAAAGCGAUUCUGAACACGGUUCCUGAUGUCACAGUCCUGGCCUUAGACCGAGAUCCUACAGCAAAUUCUCUGGCCCAGCAGUUGGCCACGGAACACUCUGGUCGUGUGAAACCAUUGCUUGGACGAUUCAGUGAGCUUGAGGUCCUGCUGUCAAAUAUGAACAUUCAGCCAGGCAGCAUUGAUGCUGUCCUGUUGGAUGCUGGCUGCUCCUCCAUGCAAAUGGACCAGGCAGAGAGAGGCUUCUCCCUCAGCAAAGAUGGGCCCUUGGAUAUGAGGAUGGAUGGAGAGAGGUACCUCGACAUGCCCUGCGCUGCUGACGUUGUGAAUACCUUAGAUCAACAGGCUCUUGCAUCCAUCCUCACUGCAUAUGGGGAAGAAAAACGCGCCUGGAAAAUAGCUUCAGCCAUGGUGAAGGCACGCCGUGUCAACCCCAUCACCCGGACACAGCAGCUGGCCAGCGUGGUGGCAGGAUCGUUUCCUCCCGCUGUUAUCUAUGCUCGUAAAGACCGACUCCACCGACCUGCACAUGUGGCCACUAAAACCUUCCAAGCUUUGCGAAUCUUUGUGAACGACGAGCUGAACGAACUCCACGCAGGCCUUCGUGCUGCCCAGGCAAUCCUGAGACCUGGAGGACGUUUCUGCAUAAUCACCUUUCACUCACUAGAAGACAGACUGGUCAAACGUUUCCUCCAGGGAGAUGAUUUGUCUAAUCUAGAUCAGUAUCACUUCAGCCCGAGGAAACAAGCUACCAGGACGGCAAAACUGGGGGAGGAAAAAAGAGAUGGUGGAAGUGUUCACUGGCUUCCUCUGCGGAGAAAAGUGAUCACCCCAGAAAAGGAUGAUGUGAAUGAAAAUCCUCGAGGACGCUCGGCUAAACUCAGGGCAGCGCUCAGACGGUGAUUACGUGACGUCUCUCUCAUUUCAGCUAAAUGUUUGAGGAGAGUAACUCUUUACUGUUAAUAAUUAAAGCAAGUUCACCAAAGAGUGUCAUGCAGUAACGUAGUAAUUCUGCACUGCAUUUGUCUGCUGUUUCUUAUAAUCUUCUCUGUAAAUGCAAUUUUUUUUCUGCAAAAAAUCUUAUUUUUACAGUUUCUAGCUUAAGCCUCAUACAGAAGAGCGAUUUAAUCCUGGGAGAGGCAUGAGUAGCUUGGUUGUUCGUUCCAAUGAACACACCUGGUGGGUUUUGUUUGUGGGAAGCCAGUGAAUGUUGUCGUCCUUGAUGCUGCAUUAGUGACUUCUUCUGGUUGGUUGAGGCACUGAUGGGGUCGGGGGGACUCUGGAUAAAGGAAAGAAUGAACCUCCCACACAAUAUGGCCACCAGUAGCAGCUCAGAGUUUUUAUUUUUCAGUUCCAUGUUAUAACAGAAAUAACUGGCGACAUCAUGUGUCUUUCUCUUACUCCUGCUCAGGUUAACAGUAAAUGUAGAGCAGUGACAAUUACUGUUGGAUAUGGAAAACUGGGCUUUCCACUUUUGUGUAGUCCAGGCAAAAUCAAAAUAAUAAACAAAAUAUAGAUCUAAACUCAAUACAUGAUAUCAUGUUCAAGAGGCUAAAAAUGUGCUUUCUGGGGCCACCAUGACCUCUGACCACCAAAAUAUAAUUAAUUAGUUAAUCAGUAAGUCUAAUUGAACAUUUGGGCCAAAUUUGAAAGGGCUCUCAAGUUGUUCUUCAGAUUAAGUGUUGAAGAGGCCAACACAUAUUUGUGAGGUCCAAGUGACCUUUUACCAUCAAAUGCUCAUCAGGUCAUCCUUGAGUCUAAGAAAAUGUUGAAGGAAAUUUAUCGGUGUCCUGAUUUAUCACAGCGCCUUUGACAAAAAAAAUCUAAUCAGUUCAACUUUGAGUCCAAUUGAGUAUUUGUACCAAAUUUGAAGAAAUUCCCUCAAGGCGUUUUGUCAAGUAUCGUGUUCACAAGAUUGGGACGGAUGGACAGACACCCCAAAUGCAUAAUGCCUGUGGCUGCUGGUUGUCGCCAGUGCGGAGGCAUUUAAAGUUUGUAGAGUUUAAAUGAUCAAUCCCAUUAAGACAUAGUCAUAAAUAAGCAAGAAGCAGAUUGUGUUAACAGUUAAAUAUACGUUAGUGUUGGGGUUAGGGCAACCGCAGGGUAGCAGUCUGUCCUAUCACUGAAAAAGUGGUAGCCCCAACUGUGAACACAAAAGUAUAUGAAAGUUGGUUUAAGUUUGAGACGUUUAUAUGAAAAUAUAAAUCUAUAUAAUAAAAAAAAAACUUUUAAUACCCAAAUUAAAGUAUGUGACUGUUUUUGUAUUGGCUGCCUUUUGUUAUUUACCUUUUAUAUGAAUAAAUAUGCAUAAAAUAACAUGUUUCUUACAAUUCUGUUCAUGUAUCAAAGCUGUUUUCCGCUAUCACAUCGAGAACUGUAAUGAUCCCGCACAAUACCCGGCAACAAAUAAUAUUUACUGCAUAAUUACUUUAUUUUGCUGUAACUAUUAUUAUUAUUACCAUUAUUAUUAUUAUUAUUAUUGUUGUUUGUUACUUUAAUAUAUUUUAAAUGUUUUUUUCAUUCAUAGGCUUAGUCUGCUUGAUUUCUGUGUGUUCUUUUGUUUUGUUUGUUUUCUGUUUUUAUGUAUAAUUUGUAUUGCUACACAUCCAAUCUGCUUAGGUUACCUGAUUUAUUUAAAAUUUUAAGUUUGUCUGCUCUUUCUACAUUGUAUGUCUGUAUUGUGUUUUUACGUUCAGGACCCUAUAGACUAGAUGCACAACCAUGUGCUUCUUACGGGGAUCCUUUUAAUAAACACAACCAAACUGUG